AUGGUGACGCACGCCCAUCAGAACAUCUUGGACGAGAAGGCCUACAGCAAGCAUGAGGAAUUCGCGGAGGGCAUGCCCGACGAGGCCAACGUGUUGACCCCUGAGGAGCUCGAGAUUGAGAAGAAGUUGCGUCGAAAGAUCGAUCUCUUGAUCAUGCCUCUGGUGGUUCUGGUGUAUUUGAUGAACUAUAUCGAUCGUNCAAAUCUAUUGCUCAACUACUGCGGCCGUCCUUCCUGGUACCUGGGCUUCUUCAUCAUGGCUUGGGGUUUGGUAUCGGCGGUCACCAGUCAAGUCUCGAGCUUUGCUGGUAUCCUCGUUUGUCGUGUUGUUCUGGGUUUCACCGAAGCGCCCUUCUUCCCUGGUAUCCUCUUCUAUCUCUCCAAGUGGUACACCAAGAAAGAAUUGAACCUGAGAAUGUCCUUGUUCUAUGCUGGUUCCCUGCUCAGCGGUGCGUUCGGUAGUUUGAUCGCAGCUGGCAUUCUGAGAGGACUCGAUGGACACAACGGUCUCGGCGCGUGGCAGUGGUUGUACAUUAUCGAAGGCGUAAUCACCAUCGGUGUCGGCGCGAUUGUCGUUCUCGUUCUCCCCGAUUUCCCCGAAACCUGGAAAGCCUUGUCUCCCGAGAUGAGGCAUGUCGCCACAAAGCGCCUCACCCUUGAUGCCACUGAGGCCGAUCAGGAUGAAGAAGGCGGCAUGUCGCAGCUGAAGGGUAUGAAGUUGGCCGUCGCGGAUCCCAAGACAUGGCUCCUUGCUCUGAUGUACUUGGGCGUCACUGGCGCUGCCGGUUUCCAGAACUUCUUCCCCACACUCACGAAAUCUCUUGGUUACGGCCCCUUCGUCUCCUUGCUGUUGGUCGCACCACCAUACAUCUUCAUGGUCUUCUGGUCGCUGUUGCACUCCUGGGCGUCAGACAAGAUCUCGAACCGCUUCUGGUUUUUCGUCUACCCAAUUCCCUUGGCGAUCAUCGGCAUGGUCGUAUUCAUGACCACCAAUGGAUUUGGCCCUCGCUACUUCUCGUUCUUCUUGAUGAUGUUCGUCUUCACCAUAAACGGAACAAUCUACGCCUGGAUCUCGAACGCGAUCCCCAGACCCCCUGCCAAGCGCGCUGCUGCUCUGGCCAUCAUGAACGCACUCGGAAACUCGACUUCUGUCUGGACUUCAUUCACCUACCGCCCUGGCGAUAAGCCUUACUACCGUCUCGGUCUCGGCAUUGCGGCUGGAUUGUUGGUCAUGUCGUUUGCGCUUGCUUGCGUUCUGCGAUUCUACUUGCAGAGACAGAACAAAGCACUCGAGGAGUUAGAGAAUGAAGGCACGAACCUCUCGCCGGAGCGCUUGAGCAUGUUGAUGAAGAGAGCUGAGAUUCAUGAUCUGUCCGUGAUGCAGAAGGGCUUCCGUUACCUAAUUUGA